GACGUCUCGCGCGCUACAACCACCGGCCAUCUCUCAUGAGACCAACAACAUGGUUUGCUCAACGCAAGGUGAUGGCAAGCAUGGCGCUUUCCCAAAGAUCAGCGCAAGCGUUGUGUCGUCUCCGCCAGUACACACCGCCAGCGACGCAAUGGCACAACUGUCCCCUUACUCGACGCGCUGCGGUACUCAUCCUGCUCUUCCCCGAUAGCCAUGGCGAGCUCAAGGUGGUGCUUACGGUGCGGAGUGCGCAGCUUCGGAAUUAUUCGGGACAAGUCGCACUGCCCGGCGGUAAAUCAGAUACGUUGGAGGAAUCACCUUGGGAAGUCGCCCGCCGCGAAGCCUACGAAGAGAUUGGACUUCCGUUGGAUGAAGCAAAACUUCGAGGCUUCAAGUUAGAGCAUCUCUGCGAGCUGCCUACCAAUUUGGCGAAGACGGAACUUGGAGUCCGACCUUGCGUUGCUUUUCUUGGUCCGGACAGUGGGUCGCCGAUCAACCCUGCUUCUUCUGAAGUUAGCAAUGCCUCUGUCGAAGAGACGCUCAUACCCCGUCUCGAUCCCAAGGAAGUAGCCGCCGUUUUUACUGUACCAUUUCAUAAUUUCCUACGAAAAGAAUGGGAGGGCAACGGCCCAGCGCCCGUGCAAAAAGACGGUAGGCCAGAGAAGUGGUAUAGGGGUGCUUGGACAGACUGGCACGAAUCACGCUGGAGGAUGCAUAACUUCUAUAUGCCAAGAAUUCCACAUUCGCCUUCACUGUUGCGCAAGCCGUCGCAACCCGCAGAACUUUUGACCGAUAGCAAGGAAUCUUCUGGGGGGGAUGCUCGACCUGCGCCGACAGCAACUGACAGUCUGAGCACGUUCAGGAUAUUUGGAAUGACAGCUAGAAUCCUAGUCGAUGCAGCACGUGUCGCGUAUGGCGAAGAGCCCGAAUUCGAGCAUAACAGUCAUCAUGGGGACGAAGAAAUGAUAGCAAACCUUUUGAAAAUGGGGCGACUGAGUGAGCAAAGGAAACAGGGUGAGAUGCUGACCAAGCAAGUUCUUCGCGAGGCGAGUAAGAUGUAGAAUAUUGAGAUUCAUUAGAAGGAAUUAGCAGGCAUUGAGCUCUUGGAGUCGUAUAGAGAGGACGAGUUUUUUUCUCUCAAUAAAUUCGGAUAUGGCUACUGUAUCCGCAUGGCUCCACUAGGCUGUGCGACUCUCUGGGCUCUUCUUAUGUGAGUUGGCUAUGGUUCUAGGAGAUUAAUGGCGGAAAAAUACAUGGUGAGCGCGUUUGAGACAUAGAGACUCGAUAUGAUGCAUUUCCUAGGGUAUGCCGGAGGUAAAGGUUCGAGUUAGUCCGCAUUGUUAUGUAAUGAAUGACCGAGCAGACCUUAAUCUACCCUGGCGCCUAGGGUAUACCCUCAUGGCCGCUCGCGC